AUUCUGUUCCCACUGCUGUGGCUCCCCUUUCCCGUCGCACUUCUCCCAUCUUCUCAUCUGACCCACACCGUGGCUCACUAUCAUGGCUCAUUGUGAAAGCCACCAUCCAAUUGCAGUGGAUGUGAAUGAAUAUACUCAGAGUCUCACGGGGACUUGCUCGUCCACCACUUCGCUGAGCUCGAGUGUGCUAAAGUAUGAAUACAGACAUGGCCGCCGGUAUCACGCAUACCAGUCCGGGAGUUAUCCCUUCCCCAACGACCAACCUGAGCAGGAUCGGUUAGAUAUAAUUCACCAUGUAUUCUACCGGCUGCUGAAUGAUCGCCUAUUCCUGGCGCCCAUCAACCCCGCCGGAAAGCGAAUGCUUGACAUCGGCACCGGAACUGGACUGUGGGCGAUCCAGAUGGCCGACGAGAACCCGUCGAUUGCGCAGAUUACCGGCCUUGACCUGAGCCCCAUUCAAUCUUCCUGGGUGCCACCGAACGUGGAUUUUGUGGUGGAUGAUGUGGAAGAGGACUGGGUGGAGAGCAAGCCGUACGACUACAUCCAUUGUCGAUAUAUGGCUGGGUCGAUCCGGGACUGGCCGCGGCUGAUCCGGCAAUGCUAUGAUAAUUUGGUGCCUGGCGGGUGGCUGGAACUGCAGGAAUCAGUUAAUACUCUCUACUCCGAAGACGGCAGCCUCAAGUCCGAUAGCUGGAUGGUGAAGAUGAUGGAGGGAUUAAUCGACGGCGGAGCCAGGGUCGGGCAGACCCUAGAUCCAGCACUGUCCUUUGAGGGCUGGGUCCGUGAUGCUGGGUUUACUAAUGUGCAGGUACACAAGUUUAAGUUACCCAUUGGGCCAUGGCCGAAGGAUAGUCGACUGAAGGAGUGUGGCAGCUUAAUGCAAAUUAACUUUGUCGAGGGCGUUGAGGGGUUCACAGCGCAACUCUUUAUUGAUGUACUGGGCUGGAAGCCCGAAGAUGUUGACGCACUUAAUGCCGGGGUACGAGCUGAGUCACUGAAGGGGAUGGCUCACCCCAUCUUUGAUUUCCUGGUGGUGGCUGCUCAGAAACCCUUGUAGGUUAAGGGCAACCCUCCCUUUCCACUGGGUCCAGCAGACAGCUUGGUGACAAUUACCACGCCUGUAUUUCAGAUGCGACCGUUAUAAAUCAUAUAUCCCACCUUGCCAUGG